CUGGUCCUCAACCCCAGUCCCCAUGGUUCCAGAGCCCGGCCCUGUCAACAGUAGCACCCCAGCCUGGGGCCCCGGGCCACCGCCAGCCCCAGGGGGCAGCGGCUGGGUGGCCGCUGCGCUGUGCGUGGUCAUCGUGCUGACGGCAGCCGCCAAUUCGCUGCUGAUCGCGCUCAUCUGCACGCAGCCCGCGCUGCGCAACACGUCUAACUUCUUCCUGGUGUCGCUCUUCACGUCGGACCUGAUGGUGGGAUUAGUGGUGAUGCCCCCAGCCAUGCUGAACGCGCUGUAUGGGCGCUGGGUGCUAGCUCGCGGCCUCUGUCUGCUUUGGACCGCCUUCGACGUGAUGUGCUGCAGCGCCUCCAUUCUCAACCUCUGCCUCAUCAGCCUGGACCGCUACCUGCUCAUCCUCUCGCCGCUGCGCUACAAGCUGCGCAUGACAGCCCCGCGUGCCCUGGCGCUCAUCCUGGGUGCCUGGAGCCUCGCCGCGCUGGCCUCCUUCCUGCCCCUCUUGCUGGGCUGGCAUGAACUGGGCAAAGCUCGAACAUCUGCCCCGGGCCAGUGCCGCCUAUUGGCCAGCCUGCCUUAUGUCCUCGUGGCGUCCGGCGUCACCUUUUUCCUGCCUUCGGGUGCCAUCUGCUUCACCUACUGCAGGAUCUUGCUGGCUGCCCGCAAGCAGGCGGUGCAAGUGGCCUCGCUCACCACGGGCACGGCUACGGCUGGCCAGGCCUUGGAAACCUUGCAGGUGCCCAGGACACCACGCCCAGGGAUGGAGUCCGCUGAUAGUAGGCGUCUGACCACCAAGCAUAGCAGGAAGGCCUUGAAGGCCAGCCUGACCCUGGGCAUCCUGCUGAGCAUGUUCUUUGUCACCUGGCUGCCCUUCUUUGUGGCCAGCAUAGCUCAGGCCGUGUGUGACUGCAUCUCUCCAGGCCUCUUCGAUGUCCUCACAUGGCUGGGAUACUGUAACAGCACCAUGAACCCUAUCAUCUAUCCGCUCUUCAUGCGGGACUUCAAGAGGGCCCUGGGCAGGUUCGUGCCGUGUGUCCACUGUCCCCCGGAGCACCGGGCCAGCCCCGCCUCCCCUUCCAUGUGGACCUCUCACAGUGGUGCCAGGCCAGGCCUCAGCCUGCAGCAGGUGCUGCCCCUGCCUCUGCCACCCAACUCAGAUUCAGACUCAGCUUCAGGGGGCACCUCGGGCCUGCAGCUCACAGCCCAGCUUCUGCUGCCCGGAGAGGCAACCCGGGACCCCCCGCCACCCACCAGGGCCCCUACUGUGGUCAACUUCUUCGUCACAGACUCUGUGGAGCCUGAGAUACGGCAGCAUCCACUCGGUUCCCCCAUGAACUGACCAGGUCAAGAGCUGGCCAGCGGAGGCCACAUCCUCAGAGGUCUCAGCCCAUUCUCCCUAAGAGUGGGAGGUGGUAGGUCUCCCGAGAGCAUGCCGAGUGUCCUGAGGGAUCCUCAGCUAGCCCCCAUCUUCUACUGCAGGCUCCUUGACAUGAGAGAUAAUCUGAAACAUUGUAGGGUAUUCCAGUACAAUGUUGCUUGUGGUUUGUGUAGUGUGGCUGGUGGGGUGGGGACAGUGUCUCAGAGCUGUGUCAUUUGGUUCAGGUCAGCAGGAAAGCAAUCAGUCCUCAGCCCUUUUUGUUAUGAUAAGUGGGAAGAACGUAUUCAUCUAGACACCCCAGUUCCUGACUGGCCCAAUCUUGUUAUCCAAAGUGCCAUCUCUGGGUUAUUGGGGUUCCUGUAGGCUCUGGUGAACUUAUUCAAAGUGCCCACCCCUCUGGAGAUGGGCUCAAUCAACAUUGUAUGUUCAUGAGCUUUGCCAAGUCUGCCUUUGCUGAACUUUCAGAUCUGCCAGCCCCUAGGAGGGGGUGCCAACUUGAAGAAGCAGCUUAGGCUGGAGGCCGGGCAGCCAGAAAUAUGACCUUUUCCUCAACUGUAUGCUGCAUUUCUUGGGCUUGGCACAGGUCUCAAGGUAGAGUAGGAGUGAUACCACCUAUAAGACAAUGUGAAUGGUGUGCCCAGAACCUGUGAGGGGUCAGUGGGUGGUAAAUCCUAUUGCUUUAACUCUUGGUUAGUCGGAUUCUGGCUCUGGUAGAAGGCUAGCAAGUGUCCCUCCCUCCUUCUUCCAGCCUUCUCUCCUUCCCUCCCUCCUCCCUCCCUCCCA